AUGUCCACAGAAAAUGAAAAUUUGCCUCCGCAAUCCCGAUGGCGUCGCUUCUUUGGUGAUAACUCUACGGGCAAUAGCUCCUCCGACGAUGUGUCCGGGCCGUCGAAAUGGAGCAUGGGAGUGUUGAACGAUAAAGAGACCAUUGAGGUUCCUGGAUCCGUCUUGCUACUCGCUCAACAUCGCAACGAGCCUCUUGGCCUACGCAGUGUUCAUGCCAGGACCUCUCAUUCCUCCAUCCCUACCGGCUUCCCGGUUGAGAUGCCCAGGCCCUCCACUUCAUCUACUCCUGCCAAUCCAGUCCCCGUGGAUGGCGCUGAGACCAAAAAGAUGACCGGCGACGGUGCCAUCAUCUUGGAGCCCCAACCCGAAGAGUCAGACAAUGAUCCCCUCAACUGGCCCGGCUGGCGACGUGACCUUGCCUUGCUAUCUCUCGGCUUCUAUUGCAUGGUUGGCGGUGGAAUGACUCCCAUCAUCGCCGCUGGCUUCACCGAUGUCGCGGAGACGUACCACAUCGAGGUUGAGAGUGUUUCCCUAACCACCGGACUCUACAUGAUGGGUCUCGGUGUUGGUUCCGUAGUCGUUUCACCCACUGCGAUUCUCUACGGAAAACGUCCGGUCUAUCUCGCCAGUGCCAUUGUCUUCAUUGGCAUGUCGCUCUGGGCAGCCUGGUCUCCGUCGUUCACUUCUCUUCUGGUCGCCAGAGUAUUCCAGGGCAUGGCCGUCAGCCCAGUCGAGUGUCUGCCGUCUGCCACCAUCGCCGAGAUCUUUUUCUUGCAUGAGCGAGCAUUUCGCAUUGGUAUCUACACGUUAUUGCUCCUCGGAGGCAAGAAUCUAAUCCCACUGGUUAGCGCGGCUAUUAUUGGUCGUUUUGGGUGGCGAUGGGUUUUCUGGAUUGUGGCUAUGGUUGUGGGGGUUUGCUUCGUCCUUCUCUUUCUGUUCGUCCCUGAGACUUUCUGGGACAGAACCCCACACGCCAAGGCAAGGCGUCCAUCCAAGAGGCCAAGCUUUCUCCGCCGACAUUCAUCUGGUCAUACGGGGGUAAUGAGUCCUCAAGAACACCCGGCAGAUACUGAUCCUAUGACUCCGGGCACUGCACGGAAGCACAAAGAUGUUCAUGUUGGGUUCGCUCCUGAGGCUACUCCCAACUCAAACCCCUCUGGCGCAUCAGGAAUCAAGGGAGACAACCCUGAGGCUCGUGUCACCAAAGACACUGGCGAGACUGGAGAGACACGGCCUUCUUCCAAUCAUAGCCUUGCGGUGGUACCUCCGGCACAUGUUGUUAGCGUCUCAAACUCUUCCCGCUUCAAUAGUACGAGUGGAAGUGAGGCCAACAUCGGUUAUUUCACCACCGGGCCCAAUUUGGACAAUGAAAAGAUCCCUGCUUCCAAACUCAAGGGCCCCCCCACAGUCAAAGCCUACACGCAUAAUCUUCGACUUCAACCGGCCCAGUCGUUCACUCAGCAGCUCAGGCCUUGGAACGGUCGUCUUAACAGUGACAGCUGGUUCAAGGUCAUGAUGCGGCCGUUUAUUCUGUUCGCAUAUCCUGCAGUCUUGUGGUCUUCUGGUGUGUAUGCCUGCUCGGUAGGAUGGCUGAUUGUCGUCUCCGAGUCGAUGGCCAUGAUCUACCGUAACAAGGAAUCUUACAACUUUGACGCCCUGCAAACUGGCUUGGUAUACAUCUCUCCCUUCCUCGGUGGAAUCCUCGGUACCGGCGUGGCAGGAAAGAUCAGCGACAUUAUCGUCAAGUCCAUGGCACGGCGCAACGGCGGCCUGUACGAGCCUGAGUUCCGGCUCGUCAUGGCGAUUCCCAUUCUCAUCACCACAUGCAUUGGGCUUAUGGGCUUUGGCUGGUCGGCCGACGAAAAGGACCACUGGAUUGUUCCCACGGUCUUCUUUGGCGUCAUCUCGUUUGGAUGUUCGCUCGGCUCAACAACAGCCAUCACAUUUUGCGUGGACAGCUACCGCCAGUAUGCUGGAGAGGCGCUGGUGACGCUCAACUUCUCCAAGAAUAUCCUUCAUGGACUUGUAUUCAGCCUCUUCGUGACGCAUUGGCUGAAUGCAGAUGGUCCAAAGCAAGUGUACAUUUGGAUUGGCAUCAUCCAGUUGAUCCUGAUGUUGUUCACAAUCCCUAUGUACAUCUACGGUAAGCGGGCUCGCAUGUGGACGGUACGCAUGAACUUGCUGGAGAAGUUCUAA